AUGGAACAUGGGGGGAGGGGUGGGCGGAAAGGAGGGGGCGGGCGGGGGGGGGGGGGUGGGGGGGGGGGCGGGGGGGGAGCGGGACCAGAGGUGGCGGGGGUGGGGGUGGUGGUUAGGCAAGGGACUGGGGAAGGGGGAGUGGGGGGAGGGGCGGGGGUGAGUGGGGGUGGAGGGAGGGGGGGGAAGGGGAUGGGGGGGCGGGGGCGGCCGUGUGGGGGGGGGGGGUGGGGGGGGGCGGGGGGGGGUGGAGUGUGGGUGGGGGAGGCGGAUCGGAGGGGGGGGCGGGAUGGCGGUUGUGGGGCCAGGGGGGCGGGAUGGGGGAGGGGUGGGAGGUCGGGUGAGGAGGGGCGGGUAGCAGGAGUGGGAGGUGUAUGGGGGCGGGGUGGCGGGCGAGGGGGAGCGUGGGAAGGGCCGGGUCGUGGGGGGGUGGGGGCGUGGUGUGGGGCGGGGGGGGGGGGGGGGGGGAGGGGGGGGGGCCCGGCGGGGGCAGGCGGGGGCGGGGGGAGUGGGGGGGGGCGCGUGGGGAUGGGGAGCGGGGAGGGGGGGUGGUUGAGACGUGGGCGAGGGGAGGGUGGAGCAGACGCGAGGGAGGGGAAGUGGAGUGGGAGCGGGGGGGCGGCGGGGAACUGUGGUCGGGCGAGUGUGGCGAUGGUAGGGAGGGUGGUAUGGCAUUUGGGGGGCGCGUGGGGGCGUGGAGGUGACACGAGGGGGGGGGUCGAAUUGACGGGGGCCGGGGGGGGGGGGACGGGUGGAUGGGUGGGGGGGAGGGGGAGGUGGGCAGUGGGGGUGUGGGUGAGGGGGGGGUCAGAGGGGGAGUGGGGGGGAGAGAGGGCGGGGAGAGGGGGGGGCGUUGGAGGGGGCGGGAGGAGUGGGCGCCUUGGGGGGAAGGGAAGGGGGUGGGGGGGUGGGGCGGGUGGGGGAGACCGGGCGGAGGGCGGGAAGGGGUGUUGGCGUGAGGGUGGGGGUGAGAGAGGGGGGGGGGGGGGGGGGGUGGGAGGCGGGGGGAGGGACGUGGUGGGGUGUGGGGGGGGGGUUGCGACGGGGGGGCGGGGGGGGGGGGGGGGGCGGCGGCGAGGGCGGGGGGAGAGGGGGUCGUGGGGGAGGGGGUUUGGGGGUGGCGAGGUCGCGUUGGUUCGGAGAGGGGAGCCGGGUGGGAGCAGGGGAGGGAUGGCAGGGGGGGCGAUGGGGGGGACGGGGGGGGGGUGGGGUGGAUGGGGGGGCGGGAGGGCGCAGGGGGGGGGGGAGGGGUGGCAGGCGGGGAGGAGGGGGGGGAAGUUAGGUCGAGGGGGGACGGGGUGCGGUGGAGGGGGUGGGGGGGGGUGGGGAGGCCGGGGGGGGGGGGUGGGUGAGGGGGAAGGGGGGGGGGGGAGGGGUGAGCGGGGGGGGGGGCGGCGGGGGGUGGCUGAGCGUGCGUGGUUGAGUGAGGUGUGGUGGAGCGGGGGCUGGGGACGUGUGCUGGGGGGGGGGACGGGUUGGGGGAGGGGGGGGGGGGGCGGCGGGGCGUGGGGGUGGAGGCGAGGAGGAGGUGAGGGCACAGGGUGGGGGCGGGGUUGGGGGGCGGGGGGGAGGAGAUGGGGGCGGGGUGGGGGGUGGGGGGGGGGUGCGUGUUUUUGGGGGGGGGGGAUCGGGAGGGGGGGGUGCCGGGUGGGAGGCGGGGGGCGGGGGGGGGAUGGCGGGGGGGGGAGGGAGGGUGGGGUAGAGCGGGGGAGGGCUGAAGGGGGGGGGGGGGGUGGACAGGCGUGGCGGGGGGUUGGGGGGCUGGGGGGGGGAGGAGGUGUGGGGGAGGGGCAGAGGGGGUGGACGGUGGUGUGGGCGGGGGGUGGGGUGAGGGGGCGGGGUGGCGACGGUAGGGGGGCGUGGGGGGAGAUGGGGGGGGGAGAGGGGUGGGGGGGAGGGGUAGGGGUUUGGGGGAGAGGGGGGGGGGGGGGAGCCGGGAGGGGGGGGGGGGCCGGGGACGGGGGAUGGAUGGGAGGGGAGGUGAGCGGGUGGGCGAUUUGGGGGUGGAGCGGGGGGGGAGGGGUGGGGAUUUGCCUGGAGAUGAGGUGGGGCGGGUGGGGGGGGGGGGGGAUGUGCGGAGUGGGCGAGGGCAGAUGCAGGGGGGGAGAGGAGUGGGUGGUGAGGGACGUGGGGGGGAAGGGCAAGGCGGCAGGAGCGGGGUCGGGGGAGGCCGGGGCCGGUGGGAUGGGGGAGGGGGGAGGGAGAGGGGGGGAGAGAGAGUGGGGUGGGUGGGGGAGGGUGUACGGGGGGGGGGGGUCACGGGGGGGAGGGGGGGGGGAGGAGGGAAAGGAAGGGGGGGGUGCGGGGGCAAAUUCGCGGGAGUGGCGGCGGGGGAGCGGGGGGGGGCGGGGUGGUGCCGGAGGGCGGGUCGAGGGACGGGGUGAUGGAGCAGGGGGGGGGGGGAGUGGGGGGCGGGGGGGGAUGCGAGGGGGGGGCGGGGGGCGGGUGGCUGAGAGGGGGGGGGGGGGGAGGGGGGCAGGGGGGUGGGGAGGUGGGGUGGGGGCUUGGGGGGUAGGUCGGGGGUGGGGGAGGGGGUGUGGGGGUGGGGGGCGGGGGGGUCGGGGGGGAAGGGGGUGGUGGGUGGAAGUGCGGGGGCGUGGGAGGUCGUUCGUGUCAGGGAGCCGUGGGGGUGGGAGGGGGGGUGUGGGGUGGGGCGGCGGGGAGGAGAGGGGGAGGAGGGGGGGCGGGGAUGAGGGGGGGGGCGGGGUGAGCGGGCGGGGGGUCAAGGGGGACGGGGGGCGGGGGGUGAGACCGGAGGUGGGUGGGGGGGUGGGUGUUUGGUGUGGGGGUGGGGGGGCGAAGGAGCCGAGGGUGGGGCGGUGCGGGGUGGGGGGGAGGGGAGGGGAGUGGGAGAAGGGGAGGGUGGGUAGGGGAGUCGGGGGGGGAGGGGGGCGAGGGGGGGAGGGGGUGGUGGAGUGGGGGGAAGAUGAGCGGGGGGGGGGUGCGGGGUUAACGGGGGGGGGGGCGGCGGGGGGGGGGAAGGAGGAGGGGGGGAGGGCGGCGAGGGGGCUGGGGGGGGGGGACGUGGGGGCGGGUAUAGGGGUGUGGGGGCGAGGAAAGGUGGGGGGGGGGGACGUGGCGGUGGGGGGUGCGGGGCCGGGGGGGGGGGGUGGCGGGGGGGGGAGGGGGGUGGGUGGGGGGGUUACGGGGUGGGGGGGGGUGGGGGAGGAGCGGGGCGGGAAGGGGGGGAGGUGGGGGGGGGGGGGGGGGGACGGGGUCGGGGUGGGGCGUGGGGGGGGGGAUGUGGGGGGGGGGUGGGUGGGGGAGGGGCCCAGGGUGGGGCGGGGUGUGGGGGGGAGGGGUGGGUGGGGGGGGGGGGGGGGUGAGUGGUUGAGGGUGGUGUGGGGGGGGCGGGGGUGGGCGGGGGGGUGGGGGGAAGGGGAGGGGGUGGGGGGUGGGAUGGGGAGGGGGUGGAGGUGGGGGCGGGGGCGGGGAGGGGGGGGCCAGGCGAAGGAGGGGGAGGGGGUUGAUGCGGAUGUGGGGGGGGGCGGGGGGGGGGGGGGUGACGGAGGGGGGGGGGGGGGGGGGGGGGUUGGGGAUGGGGGGGGGGGGAGGGGGGGCGGGGGCUGGAGGAGGGGCGGGGGGGGCGCGCAGAGGGGGGGGUGGCCGGGGGCGGGGCGGGGGGGGGGGCGAGGAGAGGGUUGGCGCGUGAGGGGGGCGGGGGACGGGGCGGGAGGGAGGUGGGGGGGGGGGUGGGGGUGGGCGGGGCGGGGGGGGAGGGCGGAGGAGCGGAGGGGCGGGCGCGGUGGUGGUACGGGUAGGGUUGGGGCGAGGGGGGGCCUGCGGGGGGGCACCGUGGGGGGGGUUAGGGGGGCGGAGGGGAGUUGGGGUGUGAGGUCGGGGUGGGGCGGUGGAGAGGGGGGUGGGAGGACGGGCCGUCGGGGGGUGGGGGAGGGGGGGGGUAAAACACACCACAGGGGGGGGGGGCGUGGGGGGCAGGGGGGUGGGGCGGGAGGGGUAGUGAGGGGGGGGGAGGUGGAUGGGGAAAAGGGGGGGGGUUGGGGGGUGAGGGGGGGGGUGGCGGAAGGGGGGUGGGGCGAGGCGGGGCGUGGGGAGCGUCGUCGUGGUGGGCUGGCGGUGGGGCGGACGUCCGGGGGGGACGUGGGGCGGGGGGGGGGGCGGGCGGAGGGGUGUCGGGAGGGGGGUGGGGAGUGGGGGGGGGGGGGUGGGGGUGGACGGAGGGGUGCACAGCGGGGGAAGCGGCGGGUGGAGACGGGGGGGGGAUGGGAGAUGAGGACGGGGGGUUGGGGGGGUGGGGGGGAGGGAAUAUGGGGGGGAAGGGCAGUAGGGGGUAGUGGGGGAGGGGGUGAGUGGAGAGCGGCGGGAGGGGCGAGGGGGGGCGGGGGCGGGUGGGAGGGGGGGUGGGGGGGGGGGGCGAGCGGCCAGGGUCCGGGGGGACGCCGCACGGUGGGGCGUGGGGUGUCGGAAGGUGUGCGGAGGCAGCAGAGGGAUCAAAAAACCACCGGGGGCGCACAGGAAAUGUCGGCGACGGCUAGGGGCGAGGAGGAGACGGGGGCGGGGGUGGGCCGCCGCGUGGUGGAGGGCGGGAACAGCCCGGGUGGGGGGGGAAGGUACGGCCGCCCAUGGAAGCGGGGGGGUGGGCACCGCUCCGAGCAGGGGAGAGGGGGUCCGGGGGCCGGGCGGGCGGGGGUGGGGGGGGUGUGGGGGGCGGGGGGACAGGGAGGGGGGGCGAACGAGGGGGGGGAACGAGGGGGCGGGGAAGGUAGGGGGGGGGAGUGGGGGAGGGGCGACCUGGGAGGAGGUGGGCGAGUGGGGUGGGGAGGGGGGGGCGAGGGGUGGAAGGAGGUGGAGGGGAGUGGGGCGUCAGGGCGAGCGGGGGGGGGGGAGGGGAGGGGGGGGGGGAGGGGGUGGGGGGGGGCGGGCGUAGUCGGGGGAGGGCGGGGGAGGGGGGCGGGGGGGGGGGGGGGGUGGGGCGGGGGGGGUGGGGGGGGCGGGGUGGGGAGGAGAGGUGAGUGGGCGGGCGGGGGAGGGCGGGCUGGGGGGGUGGGUUCGGGGCGGGGCGGGUGGGCGGCGGGGGGGGGGGGGGGGGGCGUAGGGCGCGGUGAGGUGGGGGUGGGGGAAUUGGAGGGUGGGCGGGGGGAGAGGGGGGGGCGUGGGGGGGGUGGUAGCAGGGACGGGGGGUUUGGGCUGGGUUCGUUGAUAGGGGGGGGGAGAGGGGAGGGGGCAUGUGUGAGGGGAGGGGGGGGGAUAGAGGGGGUUGGGGGGGGGGAGGGGGGGGGUGCCGGUGGUGGGGUUGCGGUGGGGGGUCGGGCGGGGGGGGCGGUAGUGCGGGGAGGUGGGGGGGGGGGGGGGAGGCUGUUAGGGACGGGGUCGGGGAGGCCGGGAGUGCUGAAAGGUGGCGGUCCUGUAGCUGGGGGGGAGGGGGGGGGGGGGGGGGGGAGAGGGGGGGGGCGGGCGGGGGUGGGCGGGGGGGUGGGUGGGGCGGGGAGUGGGGGCGGGGGAAGAGAAGUAGGGGCGGUUGAGGGGGGGGGCGCGUGGCGUAGGCGAGGAGUGGGAGCGAGCGGGGGGGGGGGUUGGGUGGAGGCGGCGGGAGGGGGGGGCGCGGUUGCGAGGGGUGGGGGGGGGGGGCGGGGGGGGGAGGGGGACGGGGGUGUAGACAGGGUGGAGUGUAGGAGGGAGGGGGGGGGGCUAGGUGGGGGGGCGGGAGGAAAGGGGGGGGGGUGGCGGGGGUGUUGGGUGGGGGGGACGGCUGCGGCAGGGGGAGGGGGUCAGGAGGGGCGGUGGGGGCGGUGGCCGGGAGGGGUGUGGGGGGGGGGAGGGAGGUGGGAGGUGUGGGGGGAAUGGGCACUGGGGGGGUCGGAGGUGGGGGGGGGGCGUGGGGGGUGGGGGCAGGCGGAGGCGGGGGGGGGGGCGGGCGGGGGAGGGGGCAGGCGGGCGGAGGCGGGGGGCUGGGGGGCGGGGAGGGGGAGGGGAGGGGGGGUAGGCGGCAAUGGGGACGGGGUCGAGGGAGGGGUGGCGCGGGCUGGAAGGGGGUACGUGAGGAGGGGGGGGGCUCGCCAGAGCGCGGGGACGUCGGGGAGCCACCGAGGCGCGGCACGCGGGGAUGGCGAUGGGGGGGGGAGGAGCGCGGGGGGGGGGAAGGUGGGGGGGCGGUGGGGGGGAGGCGUGGGGAGUGGGGAGGGGCGGGGCGGAGGGAUGGACGUGGGGUUGGGGUGUGUGAGGGGGGAGGAGGGGGGGGGCGGUGUGGGGCGGGGCGUGGUUACGGAAGGGUCGGGCGGCUUGGUGGUCAGAGGUGGUAGCACGGGGGGGGGGAGUGCGGGGUGGGGGGGGGCGGGGAGUGGGGGUGGAGGGGUGGAGGUAGGGGGGGAGGGUGGGUGGGGGGUUGGGGGGAGGGAGGGCGGCGGGUCGGGGGGGGGGGUGGAUAGGGGGGGGGGGGGCGAGGGAAGCGGGGGGUCUGGGGGGUGUUCGGGGGGGGGCGGUGGGGGGCGGCAGAGAGCGGAGGAGGGGGGGGGGGGGGGGGCGUGGGGGGGGGGGGGGGGCGAGGAGGGGGGAGGGGGCGGGGCGGGCGGGGGUGGGUUGGGGGGGGGGGAGGCGAGGGGGUGGGGGGAGGUCGCGGCGGAGGAGCGAGGGGGGGAGGGGGGGGGGCGGUGUGCGGGGAGGGGGGAGUGGGGGGGGUGGUGGGCAGAGGGGGGCGCGUCAGGGCGAGAGCAUGUAGUGGAGAUUGAGGAGGAGUCGGUGCUGGAGAGUGGUGGGCGUAAAGAGGGGGGGAGGGGAGGGCGUGCGUUGCGAGAGUUGGGCGUCGAGUGGGGCGCGCGGGGAGGGGCGUGGACCUUCGGGAGCGGGACAGUGGGAGGGGACGCGGUCAGGGACCGGUGGGGUGCAGGGCGGCGUAGUCGGUCAGUGUGGUACUGCGCUGUGGCAUUUGGAGUUACAGUGAACGCGAGGAAGAGGGGGUUGCAGGGAGCGGGCGGAGGACGGGAGGGGGUGGCGGAAGACGGCGCGGUUGGGGGGAGCGAGUCGGGCGUGGGGAAGGUGGGCAUGUGGGGUGGGAGGCGGAGGGGUGGGGGAGGGGGGGAGUGGGGCGCGAGCUUGGGGGGGGCCCGGGGUGGGGGUGGGAGUGGGGGGGGUGGAGGUGGGGGGAGUGCGGGUGUGGGGGGGGGGGGGGCGCGGGGGCGGGGGGGGGUGGGGAGGGGGGUCGGUGGCGGGGGAGGGGAGGGGGUGGGGGGGGGGGGGGGGCGGGGUGGGGGGGUGGGGGGUGGGUGUGGGGCUGGCGAGGGCGUGGGUGGGGGGGUAGGGACGGGGGGGAGAGAGUGGGGGGGGAGAAGAUGCCGAGGGGCUGUGCUAGUUGGGGGGGCGGUCGGGGGGGGGAGGUGUGUGUCGGGCGGCGGGGGGGGGGGGGGGGGGGGGGGUGGGGUGGUGGUCGUGGGGGGGGGACGUGGGAUGAAGGGGGGGGGGGGGUUGGCGGAGCGACUUAGGGGGGGGGGGGGGGUGGGGGGGUGGUUGGUGGGCGGGGGGGCGGUGUGGGAGGGGGUGGGUCGCCAUUGA